CACUGGGCUGCCUUGGGGGAAAGUCUGCUUCCAGCAUCCGGCAGCAUCUGGAGAGGCCUCUUCACUGGUCAGGAAGGAUGUAGAGAUGCAAGCUUCCCACUGAGAAAAUAUGAAGAGUAGAGGAAAUUAUUAAGAAGUAGGAGAAUAUUCUUGUGAUAACUUGAGGAACUGCAGAUUUUAAUGAUCUCUCCAAGAAUGGACUGCUGAAUUAUGAAGUAUUCCAGACCCAGGAGGAGAACAUCACUCUGCCACUCACUCCCUUCUCCCCUACUAGUUAUUUAAAUUGGACUUUUAAUAUCCUACCAGCUGCUCUUCGGACACACAUGGUGCAUUGCUGCCAUUCCCCAGAUUGCAUCUCUGAAACACAGGCUCUUAGUAACCUUCAGCAAACAAAGAGGCCGCCUCCCGGGCACGCCUGCUGGGAGCGUGUCGCCCCGACUGCCCUCUAGCUUCGGCUGCCUCUGGACUGGAAUUCCACCAUGGAGCCUCGCACGGAGGCCUGCCUGGCACAGGUGCUGCAGAAGGAUGUGGGGAAGCGACUGCAGGUUGGCCAAGAACUGAUAGACUAUUUCUCAGACAAACAGAAGUCUGCCGACCUUGAGCAUGACCAGACCACACUAGACAAACUCGUGGACGGACUCGCUACCUUUUGGGUGAACUCCAGCAAUUACAAGGUGGUUCUCCUGGGCAUGGACAUCCUGUCCUCGCUGGUCACCCGGCUGCAGGAUCGGUUCAAGGCACAGAUCGGCACAGUGCUGCCAAGUUUAAUAGACAGACUGGGCGAUGCUAAAGACUCUGUGAGGGAGCAAGACCAGGCCCUGCUGCUGAAGAUCAUGGAUCAGGCCGCCAACCCCCAGUACGUGUGGGACCGGAUGCUGGGAGGCUUCAAGCACAAGAACUUCCGCACCCGGGAAGGCACGUGUCUCUGCCUGGUCGCCACACUCAACGCCUCCGGAGCACAUACCUUAACACUAAGCAAGAUCGUGCCACACAUAUGUAACCUGCUCGGAGAUCCAAACAGCCAGGUUCGAGAUGCAGCAAUAAACAGCUUAGUGGAAAUUUACAGACAUGUAGGAGAACGUGUGAGGGCAGAUCUCAGUAAGAAAGGAUUGCCACAGUCCCGGUUGAAUGUAAUUUUUACAAAAUUUGAUGAAGUCCAAAAAUCUGGAAACAUGAUACAGUCUGCAAAUGAUAAAAAUUUUGAUGAUGAGGAGUCUGUGGAUGGUAAUAGGCCUUCUUCCGCCAGCUCUACGUCAUCCAAAGCUCCAGCAAGCUCCCGCAGAAACGUUGGCAUGGGGACCACCCGCAGGCUCGGCUCAUCCACUCUCGGAUCCAAGUCUUCAGCUGCGAAAGAGGGGGCUGGUGCUGUCGAUGAAGAGGACUUUAUUAAAGCAUUUGAUGAUGUGCCUGCAGUCCAGAUUUACUCCAGCCGAGACCUUGAGGAGUCGAUAAACAAGAUUAGGGAAAUACUCUCUGAUGACAAGCACGAUUGGGAGCAGAGAGUAAAUGCUCUAAAAAAGAUUAGAUCUUUACUUUUGGCUGGUGCUGCUGAGUAUGAUAACUUCUUCCAACAUUUGCGUCUUUUGGACGGAGCCUUUAAACUAUCGGCUAAGGAUCUGCGGUCUCAGGUAGUGCGGGAGGCUUGUAUCACCUUGGGGCAUCUGUCAUCAGUGCUGGGGAACAAGUUUGACCAUGGAGCUGAAGCCAUUAUGCCAACGAUCUUUAAUUUAAUUCCGAACAGUGCCAAAAUUAUGGCCACCUCUGGUGUUGUAGCUGUUAGGUUAAUCAUUCGGCACACACACAUCCCUAGGCUAAUACCCAUCAUAACAAGCAACUGUACCUCCAAGUCUGUCGCCGUUAGAAGGCGCUGUUUUGAAUUUUUAGAUUUACUUUUACAAGAAUGGCAGACACAUUCACUGGAACGACACAUAUCAGUAUUAGCGGAAACAAUAAAGAAGGGAAUACACGAUGCUGAUUCGGAAGCACGGAUAGAAGCCAGAAAGUGUUACUGGGGUUUCCACAGUCACUUCAGCAGGGAGGCGGAGCACCUGUACCACAACCUGGAGCCCUCCUACCAGAGGGCUCUGCAGAGCCACCUGAAGAGCUCGGACAGCGUGGUGUCGCUGCCCCAGUCGGACCGCUCGUCCUCCAGCUCGCAGGAGAGUCUCAAUCGGCCGCUCUCCGCCAAGAGAAGCCCUACUGGCAGUGCCACCUCCAGAGCUUCCACAGUCAGCAGCAAAUCCGUGUCCACCACGGGGUCCCUGCAGCGCUCUCGAAGCGACAUAGACGUGAACGCAGCUGCCAGCGCCAAAUCCAAGGUCCCCUCGGCUCCCGGUGCAGCGCCCUUCAGCUCCGCGGCGGCCUUGCCUCCGGGCUCGUACGCCUCCUUAGAUGGCACUGCCACCAAAGCGGAGGGUCGGAUCCGCACGCGACGGCAGAGCUCUGGGAGCGCCACCAAUGUCACCUCCACGCCUUCCGACAGUCGGGGCCGCAGCCGCGCCAAAGUGGUCUCACAGUCCCAGCGAUCCAGAUCUGCUAAUCCUGCUGGUGCUGGCAGCCGAUCAAGUUCCCCAGGGAAAUUGUUGGGAAGUGGUUACAGUGGCCUUGCUGCGGGUUCCUCGAGAGGCCCACCUGCAACACCCUCUUCAGAAAAACGAAGCAAGAUUCCCAGGAGUCAGGGAUGUAGCCGAGAAACAAGUCCAAACCGCAUAGGAUUAGCACGGAGCAGCCGUAUCCCUCGACCCAGCAUGAGUCAAGGGUGCAGCCGCGAUGCCAGCCGUGAGAGCAGCCGCGAUACGAGCCCCGCUCGGGGCUUCCCUCCGCUCGCCUCUCGACGUCAUUCCAGGUCCACUAGUGCUCUCGCCACGGCUGACUCUGUUGGGCAGUCAGACCGGUUUGGGCUCGGCCAGGCAGGAAGAAUACCUGGCUCUGUGAAUGCCAUGCGGGUUCUGAGCACCAGUGCAGAUCUGGAAGCUGCUGUUGCUGAUGCUUUGCUGUUAGGAGACUCCAGGAGCAAGAAGAAGCCCGUGAGGAGGAGGUAUGAGCCGUACGGGAUGUAUUCUGACGACGACGCCAACAGCGACGCGUCCAGCGUGUGCUCCGAGCGCUCGUACAGCUCCCGGAACGGGGGCGUCCCCCACUACCUGCGCCAGACCGAGGAUGUGGCCGAGGUGCUCAACCACUGCGCCAGCUCCAACUGGUCCGAGCGCAAGGAGGGGCUCCUGGGCCUGCAGAACCUGCUGAAGAGCCAGAGGACGCUGAGUCGGGUGGAGUUGAAAAGGUUGUGUGAGAUUUUCACCCGAAUGUUUGCUGACCCUCACAGCAAGAUUGCUGAUUCAGAACCAGAAUGUGAGGAUAAAGAAGGAAAUUUGUUUCCAUCAGAAGGCUCUUGUACAAGAGUUUUCAGUAUGUUUUUGGAGACUCUUGUGGAUUUUAUAAUAAUUCAUAAGGAUGACUUGCAAGACUGGCUUUUUGUUCUUCUCACACAAUUACUUAAGAAAAUGGGAGCAGACUUGCUUGGAUCUGUGCAAGCGAAAGUUCAGAAGGCUCUCGAUGUCACAAGGGACUCCUUUCCAUUUGAUCAGCAAUUUAACAUUUUGAUGAGAUUUAUUGUGGAUCAAACCCAAACUCCUAACCUCAAGGUCAAAGUUGCAAUCCUGAAGUACAUCGAGUCUCUCGCCAGGCAGAUGGACCCAACAGAUUUCAUAAACUCUAGUGAGACAAGGCUUGCUGUUUCUAGAAUUAUAACCUGGACGACAGAACCAAAGAGUUCAGACGUGAGAAAGCGUAGUCGAAUAGGUGAGGAUUUCCCCACUAGGUCAGCCUCCACCGGCUCUGGGCCUGGAGAAGGAAACUUGGAAGAAAAUUGUAAACAGGCAGCACAGAUUGUGCUCAUCUCUCUGUUUGAACUGAACACUCCUGAAUUUACCAUGUUACUUGGUGCCUUGCCAAAAACAUUCCAGGAUGGUGCCACCAAACUCCUGCACAACCACCUCAAGAACUCCAGUAACACCAGUGUGGGCUCUCCAAGCAACACCAUUGGCCGGACUCCCUCUCGACAUCCCAGCAGCCGGACCAGCCCCCUGACCUCCCCCACCAACUGCUCCCAUGGGGGCCUGUCUCCAAGCAUGCUGGAGUAUGAUACCGAGAACCUGAACUCGGAAGAAAUCUACAGUUCUUUGCGUGGAGUGACAGAAGCCAUUGAAAAGUUUAGUUUUCGAAGCCAGGAGGAUCUGAACGAGCCCAUUAAGAGAGACGGCAGGAAGGACUGUGAAGUCGUGUCCCGCGACGGUGGCAUCACCUCCCCCGCCACCGAGGGCCGGGGCGGCAGCGACGCAGUGGAAGGAGGCCGGACGGCUCUGGACAACAAGACCUCCCUCCUCAACACCCAGCCCCCGCGCGCCUUCCCGGGGCCGCGGGCGCGGGACUACAGCCCCUACCCCUACUCGGACACCAUCAGCACCUACGACAAGACGGCCCUGAAGGAGGCCGUGUUCGACGACGACAUGGAGCAGCUGCGAGACGUGCCCAUUGACCACUCGGACCUGGUGGCGGACCUCCUGAAAGAGCUGUCCAACCACAACGAGCGAGUGGAGGAGCGCAAGGGCGCCCUGCUGGAGCUGCUCAAGAUCGCGCGCGAGGACAGCCUGGGCGUCUGGGAGGAGCACUUCAAGACUGUCCUGCUGCUGCUGCUGGAGACGCUGGGGGACAAGGAUCACUCCAUCCGCGCCCUGGCACUCAGGGUGCUGCGGGAGACCUUGAGAAGCCAGCCAGCAAGGUUUAAACACUACGCGGAGCUGACGAUCAUGAAGACGCUGGAAGCCCACAAAGACUCGCACAAGGAGGUGGUGAGGGCUGCCGAGGAGGCCGCGGCCACGCUGGCCAGCUCCAUCCACCCGGAGCAGUGCAUCAAAGUGCUGUGCCCCAUCGUCCAGACGGCCGACUACCCCAUCAACCUGGCCGCCAUCAAGAUGCAGACCAAAGUCGUCGAGAGGAUCGCCAAGGAGUCCCUGCUGCAGCUCCUCGCGGACAUCAUCCCGGGCCUGCUGCAGGGUUACGACAACACCGAGAGCAGCGUGCGUAAGGCCAGCGUGUUUUGCUUAGUGGCGAUUUAUUCCGUAAUCGGAGAAGAGUUGAAACCUCACCUGGCACAGCUCACGGGCAGCAAGAUGAAGCUGCUCAACUUAUACAUAAAGAGGGCGCAGACCACAAACAGCAACAGCAGUUCCUCAUCCGACGUCUCCACGCACAGCUAACGUGGCGCCAGAGCCCCGUGUAGCCCUGGAAGCCAUCGGUGGUGCCUCUCAGAGAACUCCCCCUCCCCGCCAUCGGCUGCCCAGUCAGUACCAGGAGGCCCGCAAAUAUUUAUUACAAUCAGUAUUUUGAUCCCUUCCAGCUUUUGUGUAGAAUCAUACUGGUAUUGAAUGUAAAGGAAGCAAGGCCUGCAUUGCAUCUUCCUACAAAACAAAACAAAAGGAGUAAGAAAAGAAGAGCCAUACUUAAACCAUCUCGUCCAGCCUGCUGAGGUCGCAAAACCGUGUGUGUGGGGUGCAGUUUUUAAAAAUCAGAGCUCUCUAGCCGAUACCUGGUAGAAAGUAGCAUUUUCUCUUCAGUUAAUCAGAUUGGAGGAGGUUGGGUUAAGUUGUGUUUCUCUUUCAUCUCGGCCUCCUUGCUUCUGGACGUGGCCUGUGUGGGGCAAAGCCCCACGCCUUCCACGCCUUCCACAACUGACACCAUGAAAGGGUUUGUACGUUGUGAGUUGUGUUUUGAGACCUACUAAGAAUAUGAAUCAAGUCUUGGCAAGAAGUGGGAGAAAAGCCUGAAGAUGGCCUUUUAACGAACACGUGGUAUCGUGCUCACCGUCUCCGGACUGGAGGCUGACGCCCUGUGCGGUCUCCUUCCAGGACGGGCUUCUGCCCCUCUGAGCAACCCCACCGAUGCCGCCCCUGCCCCAGAGCUGCCACUUGAGAGACUUCUUAGAGAUGAAACCCAAACACAAAAAUCAAGGUAACUCGACAGCCUUGGUUAGCGUGUGCUUGAAAUGGCCCUUCGUGCUGCGUCGAAGAUACCGGAGAAGCUGCUCGUUUUACUGCCGAGAUCCUGGGAAACACUAUUUAACAGCGCUUCCCCCCCGUGACCCUGGCCCCUGGUGGUGCAGAUUUAGGGCCCCCUCGCUUCCCUUCCCCAACCCGUGCCUGAGCGGCUCGAUUCUAAGAUGUUCUCAGUCUGCUAAAUGGCAGCCCUGCCAUCUCAGUUUUGAAUUCUCUGUUUAAUUUGGGAUUGAGAUCAAACAAAAAUCUAGAGAGACCAGGUAUCAGGAUCUUUUUUUUUUUUUUAAUUUUAUGGACUGAAGUACUUGCUUUAUCCUCUGUUGAGAGAAUCAUGGUUUUAAGGAAAAAGUAACUGUGGUGUGUGGCGGAUCGCAGAAAAACAGGAUUGGAAACACAGGUUUAGAGUCAGAUUCUUCAGUGAGAAACUCACCCCUUUAAAAUUUCUUCUUGAGGGUUUCACUGCUUCAGUGAAAGCAACUCCAGAUCAGGACUCUGGUUAACAAAGUUUGGAGUAAAAGGCUUCAAGCCAAAUGGAAGCUCAAUACGGUCAGGAAGGCGGCUGUCGUCUCUUAGAUUCCACCGUAGCCCCUGUAAACGGAACUGACUUUUCCAUAUUGUUAAUGAGGUGUUUGCUGCUCUGGUGCCCAGUCCCCGCAGCUGCCAGGCUGUGCGGCUCUCACCCCUGAGCUGCACAGUCCCGCACGUAGCUUGUUUUCAUUCAGAAUCGACUUCAGAUACUUUAUGCGGAAAUAGGCUCUGAAAACGGAGGUCCGGGAGCAGCGAGGCCGGGGCGCCUUCACUGCGUGCGCGUGCUUUGUGCGUGCGUGCGUGCGCGUAGCGGGUAUCCUGCAUGUGCGGGAGGGCCCGCGCUGCUGCCCUUGAGGGAACUUCGGGGGCGCGCUUUACGUGGUCGAACGUUAUUGGCUUCUUUUCGGCUCGGAACCUAGCAGGAGCAGGCCUUACGUCCAUUGCUGUUUGUUCUUACGUCACUCGCGGGGUCGCUUUCUUGCCCUCUGCCAUCGUCAGCGUCUGAUGACCCCUCUGGGGCAGCACCUGUGUUCCGCCGGGUUAUUUCCGAGUCCUUCCUGGCGAGCGCAUGUGGAAAGGCCUCUCUCCUUCAGCUCGUGGACGCCCAGCUGGCCGCGGCCCCGCCCGCACUCGGGAAGGACCUUGAACGUGGCCGCGCGCGUCCUCCUGGCGCUCACAAAGGGCUAGCCUUGAAUGUCACUUGCCCAGCCUUGAUGUCCCGACCCAACGGGAGCCGCGCACUCCCAACCGACAGCUGCAGCUGCCCUGCCUCGCCGCCUCCCUGCAGGCGUCCUGUUUGGAUGAAACGGCGGAACACAGGCGAACAGAGCACCGGAGACUCGGUCCGCCUCCCCCGUUGGCCUGACUGUCCAGGGCCCCGAAAAGCCCCGACGCCACCGCUGGGGCCAGAUCGCCGGGCUCCUGCUUCCCCUCUCGCUGCUGAGGCCCAGGGGGAGGCGCGUGGCCCUCCUGGGGCCACUGCAGCCACGGACCGCCCGCCACGGCCCCACUAGCUUCUCAGUCAUGCAGCUGCACCUGAUCCGUCUCCUGAAUCUUUUUCUUGCCCCACCACCCUUAAUUUAUCAAGCAUAAUAUUACACGUUAAAGAACAGCAAAUAAGAACUUUGUAGAAUCCCACCAGGACUUUGCUAACCAUGAUAUUUGGAGAUGAAAAAACUGCUCUGAAAAAUAUCAGCCACCAAAAUAGUUUUGUCAGCACUGUUCACACGCAUGGUCCCCACACCCCCAGGUUGGGUUUUUGGUUUUGGUUUUUGGUUUUUUUGGGCUUUUUCAUGUUACAUCCAUAUCUGUAUUUAUAUCUUAUUUGUUUCACUUUCAAGUGUAUCAUGGCAAAUGUACAGAUUUUUUGUUGUUGUUAAUAAUGUGCUAGGAUUUGCUAAAAAAGAAAACAAGAAAAAAAACCCUUUUGAGUUUGCUCUAGAAUAAAUGAGACUUAAUUCAGUU